GGCGUCAGUAUGACGACUUAGACUAAUUCAGUUAUAACAACAAUCAAACGACUCCAUAGUCACAUAGAAAGGCACUCUCUAUUUAACUAGUUGCCCGUAAAAGUCAUAAUCAUAGCUAAAUUAACCCUACUGUUCGGCCUUCAAAGCAUUUACUAUAAUAACAAACCAAUAUGCCUUCCGGAACUGAAAACGCGAAACAACAAUUCAUGAGCGGUGUUGAAAAAACCAGGGCUGCUGCUGAUGAUAAUUCGAAGCAGAAUAGCCUCAACACUCAGUCAGCCUCAGGAGGCGACAAUCCAAAGGCUGGAGGAUCCUCGUUCAGAUCCAUUGCCAAGGGUGACACUAAUUCAUCGAACUACGUCCCUGCGAAAGGACCAUCAACCUAGGACUUUUAUAAAAGUUGCUUGAUCUUACAAUGCUGUAUGUAGGAUAUAGAUAAUGUUUUUGAAUUAAUAAUAUAAACUAUUAAUACUUGAUCGA